GCGUUUUUGCAGAAUUGCUGAUAAUUAUUUUUAUCAAUAAGUGUAUAUAUUUUUAUAUUUUAAACUGUAUUAAAAAAGAUUGCAUGGACUUUAAAUGGCAGCAUAUCCACGUGAUGAUCAAAUGAAAUGGUACCACGGCCGCUUGACACGCGAGGCCGCCGACGAUUUGCUUAAACAGGGUUACCAGGAUGGCACAUUUCUGGUGCGUGAGAGCAGCACGGCAGCUGGCGAUUUUGUAUUGAGUCUGUUCUAUCAGGGCGAGGUCUGUCACUAUCAGAUCAGACGUCACGGCGAGGAUGCGUUCUUCUCCAUUGAUGACAAGGGCCAAACGAAAAUAUUGCACGGCCUGGAAACGCUGGUGAAGUACUAUCAGCAGGAGCCAAAUGGCUUGGUUACCAAGCUAUCGUCGCCACUUCCAGGCGAUCCGCCGCCGCACAAUACACGCAGCCAGGGCGUGACCAAUCUGCUGCAUCGUGCCACCAGCAAGAAUGAGAGCAAAGUGGUCUUCGAGCUGCUCAAGUGUGGCAAUCGGAAUUUCGAUGCCAAGAACAAGGAUGGCCAGACGGCGCUGCAUCUGGCCGCACUCAAUUGCAAUGAGGAUAUACUCAAGCUGCUGCUGAAUGCGCGCGUCCAAGUGAACAGUUCGGACUCCUUUGGCUACCAGCCUUUGCAUUACGCCUGUCGCCAGAAGCCCGCCAGUUUUAUACGCACGCUGAUUGCCGCCCAGGCGAACGUGCAGGGCCGCAACAUUGAAAACGGCCAUGUGCCGCUGCACGAGGCGGCCAAGCAUGGCAAUCUGGAGGCAGUGCAAGAACUGCUGGCGGCACAGGCACCGCUGCUGCCACGCACCAGCUCCGGCGAGUUUCCCUUUGAUCUGGCCAAGGAGGCUGGUCAGACGGCUGUCGAGCAGUUUCUGCUCGACUACAAGCUGCCACCGGCCAGCACAAGCCGCGAGCACUGGUACCAUGGCACACUGAAACGGGACGAGGCGGUUGCCAUACUCCAACAGUUUGCUCACCAGCUGCAGCGCAAGCAGCAGGCUACGGGUCAGCCGGUGGACACGUCGGGCUGCUUUCUGGUGCGCUACUCGGAAUCGCCCGCGGCGGCGGGCUAUGUGCUGACGCUGCUCAGUGGUCAGGUGGCCAAAAACUUUCUCAUCUCACAAGCGGAUCUCUAUCAGAACGGCAACAAGCUGACCUCCAGCGGGUCGAAAUUUCUGUACAUCGACGAUGGUCCUUAUUGGCCCAGCUUGGAGCACUUGGUGGCGCAUUUUAUGCGCUUCUCCUACGGCCUGCCGGUAAGCCUAAAGUAUCCCGUGCCACCGCUGCCUAAACCGGAGCUGCCCUCCUUUGCCACCAUACCGCGUGCCACGCAUAAGCAACGCGACAAUCAUAGUGCGCCCGGCACACCGCUCAGUCCGCAUCCGAGCGGAUCCAUGCAUCAGGCGCACGUGCCCGCUCUGACCAUAACCAAGAAGAAACAGAAGGAGAACAGCAGCUCCAUGUUCAAUACGCUGCGCAUAGUCAGUCCAAAGAAGAGUCUCUUCGAUAUGAACAGCCUGCGCAAGUCCAAAUCGAAGAGCAAACGCAGCGAUUCCGAGAGCAGCGUCAGCAUUAUGGCAGCAGCCAGAGCCAAUGAGGAGCUGCAGGCGGCGGCACCCAUCAUGAAAAAUCUCUCCUUCUCCACGGAUUUCAGCAAUUUCAAUGUGGACGCCGGUGAAGUGUAUAAUGUGCCACGUAACAAUACGCCCAUUGAAAUGCCGCCUAUUGCCAAUAAGACUGAGGACGAAGUAGAGUAUUUUACCAAGAGCGAUGUGGCCAUUGAGCGGGAACGUGCCGCUGCACUCACAGCCAAUGGCUAUUUGCCCACAAUGGAUGUGCACAUGCUGCUGGAUCAGCCGCUCCAGCAGUUGGAUGGCAGCGGCAAGCAGAUGUCGCGCCUGGACUCCAUAAUAUCCACUGGCUCCGCGGAGAGCGAAAUGGCGGGCUAUUUGCAACGCAAGUGUAGCGGCGGCGUCAGCGGCGGCGGUGCCAAUGAACUAAACAGCACCGAGCUAGAGGCGGCCAAGCAGCGUUUCUUAAUACAUCACGAACAGCUGGAACUGGAUAGCGAGAUUGGGGCUGGCGAGUUUGGUUCCGUCUACAGGGGAUGGCUGCGGCUGCCGGGCGUGCAACCAGUGCAACGUUUGGAGGUGGCCAUCAAGACGCUGCGCGAUGAGAAGCAGCAGACCCUCAACAAGCAGGAAUUUCUGCGCGAAGCAUCCGUCAUGAUGCGUCUGGAGCACAAGUGCAUAGUGCGACUAAUUGGCAUCUCCAAGGGGGAUAUGCUUAUGAUGGUGCAGGAGCUGGCGCCUCUGGGCUCGAUGCUACAGUACAUACUCGAUCACAGCGACGAGAUGAAGGUCAACUACGAGCUGAAGCUUUGGGCAUCACAAAUAGCCUGCGGCAUGCAUUAUCUGGAGACGCAGCAUUUUGUGCAUCGCGAUUUGGCCGCACGCAACAUACUGCUGACCUCCCGGCAGCAGGCCAAGAUCAGUGACUUUGGCAUGUCGCGUUCGCUGAGCGCCGGCAGCGAUGAGUACCAUUUCACCCAAGGUGGUCGCUGGCCGAUACGCUGGUAUGCGCCGGAGAGCUUUAACAAUGGCAUCUUCUCGCAUGCCAGCGACGUUUGGUCCUUUGGCGUCACAUUGUGGGAGAUGUUUGCGCUGGGCGCACCGCCAUAUGGGGAUAUUAGCAAUGUGGACGCCAUCAAGCUGGUGGACAGUGGACAGCGUCUGCCGCAGCCAAACAUGUGUCCAGCAUACAUCUAUGCGGUGAUGCAGAGCUGCUGGAACUAUCACCCGAGGGAGCGGCCCACCUUUGCCUAUCUUAUGGAGUUCUUCAGUCGCGAUCCCGAGUAUCAGAAUCUACCGGAGCUUGUGCAAUCGGUGCAUAUCUAGAGCAACUACUCAUCCCCCUCCCACAAACGUGCAAUUUCUUUUACACAUACUCCAUGUAUUCAUUGUUGGCUUGGUUGACUCCAGAUAUCUAACGUAUUAUUGUUUUUGUGGCUCACAUCUUUGCCAGCAUAUCCAAGCUGGUAUCCUGUGAGUCUCCUCUAUAUAUCUGUAUAUCUACUUGUACCAUACAUAUACAUAUGUAUUUUAUAUCUAUGUGAAAAAUUUGUGUCAAAUAGCGAACAAGUGCCUUACAUUAUAUU